AUGGCCGCCGCCGUUCCUCUCCUCACGCCGCCGAUCUUAUCCAGAUCCACCACCGCUUCCGCUUCUCCCUCGCCCAAAUUUCCCUUCCCAGUCGUCCCCUCCAGAACCCCAUCCCGCCCAAUUUUCACAACCACGAGGCUCAACGUCUCGUCUCCGGCGAACAAGCCGCCUGUCAGCACUUCGUCCAAGCCCACCGCCCAGAAAAAGCAGCCGACGGAGGAAGUGAUAUAUUUCGACGGCGGCGCCCACUACGGCGACCUGGCUGCCAACCUGCUUCUGGGAUUCACCCUGUUCUGGCUGCCGCUGACCCUGGCGGCGGUGUCGAGGGCGUUCAAUCUCAGGUACCGGUUCACGAACCUCCGGGUGACGGUGAUAUCGGGCCUGACCGGUCAGGACCGGAGCGAUUUCUCGUACAAGGUGAUAAAGGACGUGCAGGUGGUGCCGCGGUUCAUCGGCGAGUGGGGGGACGUGAUUAUCACGCUCAGAGACGGGACGAAGGUGGAUCUGAGAAGCGUCCCCAAGUUUCGAGAAAUCGCCAAGUACUGCCUUUCCAUGGUGGAGCAGCCGUCGGCGGCUGAGCUGAAAGAGAGUCGGCCCAAAGGGUUUUGA